AUGGCGACCCAACAAAAAGUUAUUUGUGCUUUAUUAGUGAUUUCGAUUAUGAUGAAUGCUAUUGUCUGCCAAGCGAUCAACGAUACUGAGGAAAAAUCUGAAUCAGAUGUUAGUGAAAGUCGUACCUUUGGUCAUCAUUUCCUAAAACGGAUAAGUUUUGCUCUUGUGCCGGGCGCCUUUGUGGUCGGUGUUAUUACAACACUUCUAGCCGCGCUGACGGUUGUCUCCCUCAAGGGUUUAGGUGUAGGUGUUAUUCUACUUAUUUUGGCGAUUGGACAAAUGUUGUCAAGAGCUUUACCUCACGUGCAUGCGGCUGCUGCCUAUACUGCACCCGCUCCAGUGCCGGUGGUCUAUUCGCAUAGCCAUACUCAGCAGCCCGUUUGGUUAGAGAAAGAGUGGUAACGGCGGUCUAAUCUUUAAACCGUUCGACUAUAUUCGAAAUAAUUUGGUACCUCUUACGUUUCGCCGAAAAAAUUGAAAUUUUGAACAAACAAAUAUUGCUGCUAUCGUUGCUUUCGUUAGCUGACCAGUAUUUGAUUGCAACCAAAAAUUAGUUAAGUUAGUUGCUUUUUUCUUUUUUUUUGUUCGUUUACUAUAUAUCUAGUUUCGUUUUUACGUAUAAUUAUUUAUUUAUUAAUAUUUAUUAAAUAAUUGAGAUUAUUUUUGCAUAUUUUCUAAAUCAAUCAUCAAUAAUACGAGCACAGCUAGUAAUUAUAAUAAUGAAAAAAAUAUGGUUAAAGAAAUAUAACGAAAGAAAAAAAAAAAAAAAAAAA